CUUUUUUAAAUUAACAACCAUGGACGACUAUUACCUAAGUGCAAACAACGAUUCUGACUUUGCAACUGACACCAUUGAUGACCAAGUCUUAUCAGACAAACCUCGUAUUUUGUUAAUGGGACUUCAAAGGAGUGGAAAAUCAAGUAUUCAACGUGUUGUGUUUGGGAAGAUGCCUCCAAACGAUACAUUAUACUUAGAAAGUACAACAAAAAUUCAAAAAGAAGAUAUUACUCGAUCCUUCAUUGAUUUUCAAAUUUGGGAUUUCCCUGGUCAAGUCGACUUCUUUGACGAAAUGGCAUAUGAUCCUCAAGAUAUUUUUGGGACUGUAGGAGCAUUGAUUUUUGUUAUUGACGCACAAGAUGAUUAUAACGAAGCUUUGCACAGAUUAUAUACAACUGUCACUAGUGCAUAUGCAGUAAAUCCUAGUAUCACCUUUGAAGUAUUGAUCCAUAAAGUAGACGGUUUAUCUGACGAUUACAAGAUUGAUACUCAAAGAGAUGUGCAACAAAGAAUGGGAGAUGCUUUAGCUGAUGCUCAAAUGGAAUAUAUUCAUUUGACUUACUAUCUUACAAGCAUUUAUGAUAAUUCUAUUUAUGAAGCAUUCAGUAAGAUUAUUCAAAAGUUAAUUCGAGAAUUACCCACUUUGGAAAAUCUGCUUAAUGUUUUGUGUUCGAAUUCGGGCAUUGAUAAAGCUUAUUUGUUUGACACUUUAACCAAGAUAUACAUUGCAACAGAUAGUUCUCCCGUUGAUAUGCAAUCAUACGAAUUAUGCUCUGAUAUGAUUGAUGUGUGUAUAGAUGUUGAAUGCAUAUAUGGUGCCCAGGGUAAUAGUCCCAACGACUUGUCACUAGUUCAAACGCCUGAUCAUAUUGGGGACGCUUUAGAUGGCCAGCAGACACCUGUUUCUCUUGACGACGACAGCCAGCUAAAUCCUGAUACCGAUAGUCUUGACCGUCGAUUAUUGGAACAUCAAGAACAAGACCAGCAACACACUUCCUCAUCUGACGUUGAAGCAUCAAGUCUAAUUAAGUUAGAUAAUGGAGAUGUUCUUUACAUGAGAGAAGUGAAUAGACUUUUGGUACUGAUAUGUCUUUUGCGCCAAGACAAUUUUGAAAAGCAUGGUUUAAUUGAUUAUAAUUUCCAAUGCUUUAAGGAAGCUGUGACCGAAGUCUUUGAAUUUUCAAGGAAAAGAAAUACCCAACAACAGUAAUAAAAUAGUAUUUAAUAUAAACAGC